AUGCAUUCUACUCUAGCCUUCACUGGAGCUUGCUUGUCUGCGGCUCUGGUGGUUGCAUCACCUCUAGAAUAUUCUUCCAACAAUUCCUCGAACGGAACUGCAAUUCCCAAUUUCAGCCUCCCUCCUCAGAACCUCACGUCCUACGGCAACAACUCGCUGUUUACCCAGUGGAGAACCAAAGCCAGAUUCAGACCAUCCUCAAACCAUAUCGGGGAUCCAACAGCCUUCUGGCAAGAUGACGAAGGAGUCUUCCAUGUCUCCGGGCUAUACUCUUACCUGCGUGGUCCCAACAUAUCUAUCACAUCAAGCAUUGGCGGUGCUCUGACGUCGGACUUCCUCAGCUUUGUUGAUGUUCACAACUACACCAAUGCUUCUCUGUUCACAAACGGCAUCGAGAUUGGGCCUGGAAACAAGAACGACCCUCUAGCUGUCUUCGACGGGUCGGUUAUUCCGAAGGGAUACAAAGGCUACCCGACUUUGAUCUAUACUGGGGUUAGCUACCUUCCAAUCAGUUGGAGCAAACCAUACAUCAAGGGCAGCGAGGCUCAGGUGCUCGCAUACACUUCGGAUAACGGUGCUACAUGGAUCAAGCCAGGCAUCGAUCCUGUCAUCCCUGGUCCACCAAAGGGAUUCAAUGUCACCGGAUUCCGCGAUCCUUGGGUCUUCCAGGCACCACAGUUCGCGCAAUUGCUCAAUGAUACUCCCGAGACCUGGUAUUUGUCAGUAAGCAGUGGUAUCAGACAAGUUGGACCCCGACUGCUCUUGUACAGACAGAACAGUUCGGAUUUCACGAGCUGGGAGUUCCUUGGCCCUUCGGUCUCUACGCCUGUAAAUACUACCUUCAGCACUGGAAACUUCUCUGGUAACGAUGGCUCCAAUUACGAGACUUCAAACACCCUUUUCCUCGACGAGGAUGGAGAGAAUCUAGAGAACGGUGUUAACUUUGUUACUAUGGGGGCCGAAUCAGGCAGAGAGACCCACAGCUUCCAUUACUCCCUCUGGAAAAUGGGCAAAUUUGUGCGCAGCUCUGUCAACGAGAGCGUAAUUCUAGAGGACCACGCAACUGGCGUUCUCGAUUGGGGCCUCGGAUACGCUUGUACUACCAUGCCUGACCACAAGACCAAACGCCGUCUUGCCUUCUGUUGGAGCAACGAUGACUUCAACUCGACCAUCUCUGAGCAAGUGGGCUACAGAGUUGGUUCUGGUGGUGUAUACUCCAUCCCUCGCGAGCUAUACUACAAGGAGAUCCAAGGCGUCGUGGCCGAUGAUCUUGCAGCUGAGAAUGGCUACUGGUCUGUCGCAACUGGCCAUUUGGACACGACUUUGGCAAAGGACGGAAUUGAGAUGGCCAGGGUUAGUGGCAAUGACACUGUCACCCUCGCAACUCUGGGAUGCAAACCAGCUCGCGAGAUCCUUGCUUUCAGAAAGCAUGCCAACCAUACCUGGGCUGAGUCUGAUUUCAAGGUCGAUGUCAAGUCGAUCAUGUCAAACUGCAGCGGUGUAGAGAUUACCGAGAAGGAAGGUGUAACCCAUGCCUUCAUCCCCUUCAAACAGAGCCCUCAGAGCCGUCGCUGGGAACUCCAAGCCACCGUCGACAUCCCUAAAUCGUCUCUCCGCAACGAAGAAUACGAAGGUUUUGCUGCUGGCUUUACCAUCUUGCACUCCAGCGCCUCAGCACCAGCCAACUACUCUGUUGAUGAUGCAGCAAUGCUCUACCGCCCCUCUAACGAAACCUUUAUGGUAACCCGCGACGUCGCUCUCGGCGCUGACAAUGUAAACACCGACCCCGAGAUGGGCAAACUACGCCUUUGGAAUGUCUCCUCUACAGACGCUUCAGGCAAGCAAACCUACUCCAUCCAACCUCUCUCCAUCCGCGCCUUCAUGGAUGGCAGUUUCUUCGAAGUCUACGUCAACGACGUCCUUACCAUCUCGACUCACAUCUAUUACUGGUACAAAGACUCCACUCGUAUGGGCUUUUACCUGCAGUUCCCAGACACAUUGCAAAACUCGACUUUGGAUACCGGAGUCAAGUUCUCGAACGUUAGUGUUUGGGAGGGUGUGCCCAAUGUUUUCCCUAAGCGUCCUACCAACCCGGCAGAGUUGAUUGAUAAUGGUGUGGGGUUUGUGCAGCCGCCUAACAACCCUAACGUACCGCUUACUUAUGAUGGUGUUGGUGCUCCACCUUUGCCUCCAGCUGAGAAUCUGCCUUAUGGUAUUGAUCUGAGUACGGUAGAGUAA